AUGAAGCAUCUGAAAGAGGUGGUGUUUAGUUAUGAAGGCAUCCGCAGUUUGAUUUCAGAAGAUUACAGUCAGUUGUUGGGUAUUGUUGAAACUGACAUAAGAGAAGAUUUGAGUAAAUUUUCUACAGAGGUUGCUCGCUUUGGAAAUCGGUGCCAAGAUCCUAGACGGCAUUGUUUGGAUAGAGUCUCAACUGAUACCUGGGGAAAACUUGGAAGAAACAGUGGUUUCCGACAUUCACUAUCUGAUAAAGCUUGCGCAGCGCACUUCGAACAAAUAUGUAUUUCAGUGAAGAACCAAAGGAAUACUGUGAAGAAGUUGAAAAGAAAAUCGCUCUGGUCUAAGACCAUGGAAGAGGUUGUAGAUAAACUUGUAGAGUUCGUGUACUUCUUGCAACUGGAGAUUAGCACAGCUUUCUUGAAUAAGCAAGGAUACCAAUCUGUAAACCAAGCAAGCAGCACUCAACAGAUGUUAGGACCUUCUGGACUCGCAUUUCAGUACGCCAAAGUAAUAUUGCAUAUAAAUACUUUGGCAUUCCCCUCAUAUGUGGGGGUUAAUGGCACAGCUAGGGAUGCGUUAUACCAGGCACUGCCUCCUUGCAUCAAAUGGAGGUUACGCCAGCGUCCAUGCAUAGCGAAGACGGUAGGAGAGGCAAGAGCAGAAAUAGACAAGAUACUACAAUGGCUUGUGCCGGUUGCAGAAUCGACGAGAUUGUAUUACAAGAAUGGCACAAUCAGAGAAUCGGAGUUGAAAGGGACGGAGGAUGUUGAUGUUGAUGAAGCGGAAAAUCAUCAGAUCACUGUUAGUACCAUGCUGGCACAUGAAAAUGACACAGUGAUAAAAAUAAACACACUGUAUUACGCCAACAAGGAGAAGGCUGAUGGCUAUGUAUUGCACCUACUUUGGGCUCUUCAAGAUUACAUCGAUGCCAUAUCAAUGGCGUAUCGACGGCCUAUGGUGCAUGGGUGA